GAUUUAGUCGUCGUCUCGAGUGUUCAACAGUGCGGAAUGUUUUAAUGGCAGUUUGAUUUUCUUUUCCUAACUGUGGAUGGAUAUGGAUUCGAUGUUAGUUUAACAAACAAUAAACCUCGAAUUGAGGAGAUCGUCCAGUCAAACACUCCAUGCCAGAAAGCGAGAAUCCCAAGAUGGAGCAAGAAGAAGAAGAGAAACAACCUAAUUCUUCUUCUCCUCCUCCUCCUACUUCCGCUGAUGAUCCUCCAUCUGAGCAACCAUCAACACAAACCAAUGCUCCUCCUUUUGAUCCCAGUCGAAUGAUCGGUAUCAUCAAGAGGAAGGCAUUGAUAAAAGAGUUAGCUGCUGUCUAUCAUGCACAGUGCCUCUCGUACUGUCAGGAACUUUUGGAACUUCAAAAGAAAUGGGAAGAGCCAUUUGUGGAUACCAAAACUCCUGAUGAUUCCAGAAAAGAGACGACGAGGCGCUCAAAACGUGUAAAGAAGUCGCGCUAAGCCCAUCUUAAUAUAUUUGCAUCCUGCUUUAGCUCACAGUAAUUAUUGUAGGUUCCUUGCACUGGUCUGACUAUAUUGAAUUUUUAGUUUGUGGGGGUCACAACUCAUACGUGUGUAUUGCCCCUUUUUUCCAUGACAUCAGAAUUCGCAAAUUCCCUUCAAUCAAAUAUGAAAUCCUGCAAUAUUUUGAUAAUUUCCUGCAAUAUUAAAAUUUCCCCCAAUA